AUGUCGCAGCCCCCGAGCGGCGGCGGCCCCCCGGACCGCUUCUCGAGGAUGUUCCCGUUCCCGGGCAUGAUCCCGAUCCACGCGCUGUCGCCCCUCGAGGUCGAGCGCCUGCUCUCGACGAUCCUGCCCCGGUCCCUGCGCGACGUCGAGGGCUUCGCCGUCGCCCACGCGGCGCCGCCCGGCCCGAGCCACCUGCCCUGCUCCCGGUCGCAGAUCGACGCGCUCCUCGACGCGCACGCGUACUCUGAGACGACGGCGCCCGAGGCGCCGGGCGACGAGCCCAAGACGCGGUCCCGGGCCGCGGCCUCGAAGAAGCGCCAGCUCGAGGCCGAGGACUGCGCCGACAAGGCCGCGUGCCCCGUGUGCCUCGACGCCCGCGAGGAGGGCUGCCGCGCGGUCCGCAUGCCGUGCUGCGGCCAGCGGUUCCACCGGGGCUGCCUCCUCACGUGGCUGAGCGCCGAGAGCGACAAGUGCCCGACGUGCCGCGGCGAGCUGCCGUCCCCCGCGAAGAAGGCGCGCUGCGCCUACGAGGCGCUGGGCGUCGCGGAGCUCAAGCGGCGCUGCGACGAGCGCCACGUCGACGCGUCCGCGUGCGUCGAGAAGGCCGAGCUCGUCAAGCUGCUGGCGCGGGACCGCGACGAGGACGACGCGAAGCGCGCGGCGCGCCGCGCCGCGGGCCACCCCAUCCCCGACCGCGAGGCGCGCCGCGCGUCGCGCCGCGGCCCGGCCGCCGCCGCCAACGGCCGGUCGCCCGCGCCCGUGGCGGCGACGGUCCUCCCCGCGUCGCCCGAGGGCGCGCCCGCGCCGGCCUUCAUCCGCGCGCUCUUCGAGUCGGCCCGCGCGGGCGGCCUCGGCGAGCCCACCGUCAUCCGCGUGAACCGCGACGACCUCGAGCAGGGCGGCAUGCCCUUCCCCUUCCCCAUCUCGAUGAUCCCCUUCGCGCCGGAGCUGUCGCACCGCUACCUGCCGCGAACGCUCAACGCGAGCGCCGCGCGCCCCGCGGCCGACGCGGCGGCGCGCCUCGACGCGCUCGUGGCCGCCUCCGGCGGCCUCGGCUGCCGGUCGCCGCUCGCGGGCCACAGGCGGUCCGGCUUCGGGUCCUACCUCCGGAUCCUCUGCCACGAGGCCGAGCUGUCGCUCCUGCGGGGCCGCGUGCCCGAGCCGCUGCUCCAGCACGAGCUCCUCGCCGCCGGCGGCGGCCGCGUCGAGAGCGGCGGCGCCGCCUGCGGCCGCCGCGAGCUGAGCGGCUGCGUCGUCGAGAGCCGCUUCGCGGCGGCGGCCGCCGGCAAGCCGCCGUGCGCGCCUCCGCGGCGCGGCCGCAAGCCGCCGAGCGAGCUCGGCCGCGCGGCGCGGGGCGCGCGGGCCGCCGUCGACGCCUGGCGGGCCUGGGCCGCGGCGCACGAGUUCUGGAGCAGCGCGGCGCUCUUCGCGGGGCUGCUCCGGCCCCGGCCCGCGCUCGCGCGCGCCGUCGCGGCCGCGCGCGCCGCGGCGGGCCUCGGCGGCGCGCCGCGGCCCUGGAUCGGCGCCCACGUGCGCCGCGGCGACUCCUGCCGCGAGGGCGCCUACAUGGGCCGCACGUGCAGCGACGGCGCGGCCUACGCGCGCGAGGCCUGCGGCCUCGGCGCGCGCUACGGCUUCGGCACGCUCGUCGUCGCCACGGACAGCGACGCGGCCCUCGCGGAGCUCCGGGCCGCGCUGCCGGCCUGCGGCUGGCCCGCGUCGGCGCCCGUCGUCGCGACGCCGGCCGCGGCGCGCGGGGGAAGGCAGGACGGCGACAAGGCGGACGCGCGCAUCGAGGACCUCAUGGCCGCGGGCGUCGUCGACGCGGCGGAGGAGUUCGCCGCCGUCCUCGUCGACGUGACCGUGCUGAGCGACUGCGACGCCUUCGUCGGCAAGUUCACGUCGAACCUGGACCGCCUCGCCUACGCGCUCCUCGUCUUCCGGCGCCAAACGCUCGCGCCCUACGCGAGCCUCGACACGGCCUGGAGCAAGGACACGCCCGCGCUCUACGACCCGGCGGUCCACGGCCCGCUCCAGGCGACCCUCGCCGCCGCGGAGCACAAGAGCCGGCUCCGCAACGCGACGCGGAAGAAGCUCCAGGUCGCCGACUGCGCGACGCCCCGGGCGACGCCGGGCUGGUCCGACGCGCCCCGGAGCCGGUGGUGGUGCCCCGCUACUACUUCUUAG